GGUUCAAACAGGAGGAAGAAGAAGCUGCAUAAGGGAAGUGCCGCAGUGUGUCGGGCUCAGUCCUGCGGCGCUGCGCACAUUUCAAUCCGGUUUUUAAUCAGCGAGGCGAAGGAAACAGACUUCAUUGUGUUUUUUUAAAAAAAGCUAUAACUUAAUAUAACGACACAGAAUGGCCACUGAUUCAGGCUACGGUGGCUCGCAAAGCUAUGGAUCAUAUGGCGGUCAGCAGAGUGGACAGGGGUAUGGUCAAGGGAAUGGCAGUAGCUCUUACGGGGGACAGAGUUACAGCGGCUACGGACAACCAGGCGCGACACAAGAUGGUUAUGCCCAGCCUCAACCACAGAGCUAUGAAGGUUACGGCGCACAGGAGUCAUCUGGGUAUGGCGACAAGUCGUCGUCUUCUGCUUAUGGGCAGCAAAGUUCCUAUGGUGCCCAGGGGCAAGGAGAAGGUGGUUAUGGACAGCAAAGCUCCUACGGCGGACAAGGUGGUGGUGGUGGAGGCGGCGGUGGCAGCUAUGGAAGAUGGAGUGAAGGUGAAAGUGGUGGUCAGGGUGGGCGGUAUGGACGUGACCAAGGAGACCGCUCAGAAGGAGGGGGCUUCAGAGGCAGAGGCCGCGGUGGCUACGACCGUGGCGGUUAUGACCGCAGUGGUGGAUAUGAUCGCGGUGGCUUCGACCGUGGUGGAAGAGGAGGACCUCCUGGUAUGGGAGGUGGUGACCGUGGUGGCUACAAAAAUUACGGUGGAUCUCGAGACUACGGCUCAAGGGAUGAACCAGCUGGUGAGCAGGACAACUCUGACAACAACACCAUUUUUGUCCAGGGGCUGGGAGAAGAGGCCACCGUUCAGGAAGUCGGCGACUUCUUCAAGCAAAUUGGUAUCAUCAAGGUAAACAAGAAGACUGGCCAGCCAAUGAUCAACAUCUACUCUGACAAGGCCACCGGGCGGCCAAAGGGAGAAGCUACAGUGUCAUUUGAUGACCCGCCCUCUGCCAAAGCUGCUAUUAAUUGGUUUGAUGGCAAAGAAUUCAACGGUAAACCAAUCAAAGUAUCAUUCGCCACCCGUAGAGCUGAGUUCACACAGAGAGGAGGUGGCAGCGGAGGUGGUGGACGAGGGGGCCGUGGAGGUGGUUUCAGAGGUCGUGGUGGCGGAGGACCCAAUUUUGACAUUAAGGGAGGAGACUGGCCCUGCCCCAACAGCUCUUGUGGCAACAUGAACUUUGCACGGCGACAAGAGUGCAACAAGUGUGGUGCACCCAAACCAGGAGAUGCAGGAUUUGGAGGUGGAGAUCGUGGAAGCAGAGGUGGUUAUGGUGGCGACAGGGGCGGCGGCUUCAGAGGUCGUGGUGGUGGUGGUUUCCGCGGGGGAGACCGUGGAGGCUACGGAGGUGGUGGCGGUGGCGGCGGAGGAUUCGGAGGGGGCUACAAAAUGGGUGGAAGAGGUGACCGCAGAGAUGACAGACGAGACCGGCCAUACUAAGCGGCGAGCGGAUGGAAACCAUUGCAGCCCUGGAGUUCGCCAUGAAAGGAGGGUUUAGUUUUGUGAAAAGAGAAAAGGGGAGAUGGAUCAGACAUUCUGAUUUGUGCACCUUUUUUGUAGCCUGUGCAUCCCAACUAUUACUGCUCAUCUGUGAGUGAGGGAAGGAUGUGUCGAGCUACUGUGACGGGACUUUUGGGGCUGAUUGGCACUGUUGGCAUGUUUGUUUUUUUUGGGGUUUUUUUUGUUUUCCUGCUUUGUUUUAUUUCUUUGUACAUCCUUUUUAAUUUUCUCUCAGAUUCUAGUUACAAAUGUUUUGUGAGGUAGGCUUCGUACCAUUGUUUUUUGUAUGAACGGAAUAAAAAUGUUUUACUUUG